AUGAGGAGAAGCACAUGCACUUUAAAGAGAGUUGCUAUCACGCGCUAUGCACUUUUGCUACCACUCAACACGCGUGUACAAAGUUUGCGUCUCUACUCACGUGGAGGAGCAACCUCCGGUAUAAACAUCGUUGCCACAACUAUCUUCAGCCUUUUUGGUAUCUCGUCCAACCUUGACGUGGUCCUCUUCAGCUACUCCAAUCCUUUCCACUCGCUCGUCUUGGCAUGGUCAUCUUCGACACAUGAACCUGCGGCACAAACACCGUGGCCACGGUCAUCUUUGACAUUUCCGUAUAAUUGGCUAGAAAAGGAUCUGUUGCCUUUGUCCAAAGAUUUGUCCAAAUAUCUCCUAAUCUCUGCCUUGCCCGACAUUUAA